AAAAUGGCUGACGGUGAGGACAUUCAACCCCUUGUCUGCGACAAUGGAACUGGAAUGGUUAAGGCUGGUUUUGCUGGGGAUGAUGCACCGAGGGCUGUGUUUCCAAGUAUCGUGGGGCGUCCUCGUCACACGGGAGUGAUGGUUGGAAUGGGACAGAAGGAUGCAUAUGUUGGCGAUGAAGCUCAAUCCAAGCGUGGUAUUCUAACCCUCAAGUACCCUAUUGAGCACGGUAUUGUCAACAACUGGGAUGACAUGGAGAAGAUCUGGCAUCACACUUUCUACAAUGAGCUCCGUGUUGCUCCCGAGGAGCAUCCCAUUCUGCUCACUGAAGCACCUCUCAACCCAAAGGCUAACCGUGAGAAGAUGACUCAAAUCAUGUUUGAAACCUUUAAUGCUCCUGCCAUGUAUGUUGCCAUUCAAGCUGUCCUCUCACUUUACGCUAGUGGUCGUACCACUGGUAUCGUGCUCGACUCUGGAGAUGGUGUGAGCCACACGGUGCCUAUCUAUGAGGGUUACGCUCUUCCCCAUGCCAUCCUACGUCUGGAUCUCGCAGGUCGUGACCUCACAGAUGCUCUGAUGAAGAUCCUCACUGAGCGUGGUUACUCUUUCACCACAACAGCUGAGCGUGAAAUCGUGAGGGACAUAAAGGAGAAGCUCUGCUACAUUGCUCUGGACUACGAGCAGGAGCUUGAGACGGCUAAAACCAGCUCUGCUGUGGAGAAGAACUUUGAGCUACCCGAUGGGCAAGUGAUCACCAUUGGAUCUGAGCGGUUCCGUUGCCCAGAGGUUCUUUACCAGCCGUCUAUGAUCGGUAUGGAGAACGCCGGAAUCCAUGAAACCACCUACAACUCCAUAAUGAAGUGUGAUGUGGACAUCAGGAAGGACUUGUAUGGUAACAUUGUGCUCAGUGGUGGAACGACGAUGUUCCCUGGGAUUGCUGACAGAAUGAGCAAAGAGAUCACUGCAUUGGCACCGAGCAGCAUGAAGAUCAAAGUCGUUGCGCCGCCCGAGAGGAAAUACUCCGUCUGGAUCGGAGGAUCCAUCUUGGCCUCCCUCAGUACCUUCCAGCAGAUGUGGAUCGCAAAGGCGGAAUAUGAUGAGUCAGGCCCGUCGAUUGUUCACCGAAAAUUCUGGUCUAAAGACAUUUUGAACAUUUAUUUGUAG